CCCGCCUGCCUCCUCUCGGCGCUCUCUCGCUCUGUCUCCGCGGCUGAAGGUGAGAGUCUCCUCCAGGCGCCGGCCUUUGCCUCCUCUUCCUCCGCCUCCUCCUUCCCCGCAAUGGCUCCCGGAGGAAAAUCCGUCUUUGCCGCCGUCCCGCAAGCCCUGCCGGUGGCCGUCUUCCAGCUCACGGCGGAUUUCCGCGCCGACGCCGAUCCUCGCAAGGUCAACCUGGGCGUGGGAGCCUAUCGUACGGACGAGGGGCAGCCAUGGGUCUUACCAGUGGUUCGCAAGGUAGAAACAAUGAUUACCAAGGACACCAGCUUGAACCAUGAAUACCUUCCCAUCUUGGGCUUGCCAGAAUUUCGUGCCAAUUCCUCUCGAAUUGCUCUUGGGGAUGAUAGUCCAGCCAUCAAGGAGAAUAGGGUUGGAGGUGUACAGUCCUUGGGGGGCACAGGGGCUCUCCGUAUUGGAGCAGAGUUCCUGAGACGCUGGUACAAUGGAACCAACAACACAGCAACACCUGUAUACAUCUCUUCCCCUACCUGGGAAAAUCAUAAUUCUGUCUUCACGGAUGCUGGCUUCAAAGACAUCCGCAGCUAUCGCUAUUGGGAUGCUGCAAAAAGGGGUCUGGACAUACAAGGAUUUCUGGAGGACUUGGAGAAAGCUCCAGAAUUUUCCAUCUUCAUCCUUCAUGCUUGUGCUCAUAAUCCAACUGGCACAGAUCCCACUCAGGAGCAAUGGAAACAAAUAGCAGCUGUCAUGAAGCGCCGGUUCCUGUUCCCAUUUUUUGACUCUGCCUACCAAGGCUUUGCCUCAGGUUCCCUGGACAGAGAUGCAUGGGCUGUCCGCUACUUUGUUUCAGAAGGCUUUGAACUCUUCUGUGCACAGUCCUUCUCAAAAAAUUUUGGCCUGUACAAUGAGCGUGUGGGAAACCUGACUGUCGUGGCAAAGGAUGGAGAAAACGUGCAGCGGGUUUUAUCCCAGAUGGAAAAGAUUGUCCGCACCACUUGGUCUAACCCCCCUUCCCAGGGGGCACGGAUUGUGGCCACGACACUCACUACCCCAGAGCUUUUUGCUGAAUGGAAAGGGAAUGUGAAGACCAUGGCAGACCGUGUCUUGCUGAUGCGGGCAGAGCUCAGAUCUCGGCUUGAGGCCCUUCACACACCAGGCACUUGGAAUCACAUAACGGAGCAGAUUGGCAUGUUUAGCUUUACCGGCCUCAAUCCUAAGCAAGUCCUUUUCCUGAUCAAAGAAAAACACAUCUACCUGAUGGCUAGUGGCCGCAUCAACAUGUGUGGUUUGACAGCAAAGAAUCUGGACUACGUCGCUGCUUCCAUCCAUGAAGCUGUCACUAAGAUCCAGUAAAUCUGAAGCCAGACGUUGCAUGCAGUUGUGUUUUAACUUCCCCCUCAUGUUUUAGGUUCUUUUCAAGCCAGUUAUUGGGAGGCACAGGAGUUCUGGGGUGCAGAGUGGGCCUGCUUAGUUCUUUCUCUUCCCACCACUUUCCUGUUUAAAUGCUCUCUUCUUGAAGGAUGCCUCUCCUCCCUUAGAUGAAGUGGGCUGGAGGGGAAAUGAUUAAGCAGCCCUCCAUAGUUUCCCAUGCUUUCUUAACCUAGAAUACUCCUUAAGACUGUUUUAGAGAGGGAAAGCCUUAAAACAGUAGGAGAAAUUACACACAACUGUAUGUAAUAUUUAGCUUGGUCCUUAGCAACACGAACAACUGACUCCUUCCAUCUUGUAACACGUAAUCUCACUGGAUGAAUUUACCUCCCUCAUCUCUGACUGGUGGGACUGGGAACAGCAAUUGCAUCACCAAAGUGUUUCCCUGCCUUUUGAUGUCCCGUAGUUUUGUGUGUGAGCAUGUCAGCAGGAGAGAGACCAGCUCCCUUCUGCUUGUGAGCAGAUCUGUUUGCACACCUAAUAUUAAUAGUGACUAAGUCUAGAUCCCAGGACCUUGGCCUCUUCCACCUGCCUUGUCUGUAUCUCCAUUUGCACUUUAUGUUAACCAACCCUCUCUGGCCUAUGGCUGCUGCAGCAACGGAACAGCGUGUUGUGGGUUAAAUACCAUCUAUUGGCUGCAGGCUGCAUGGGCUACUUCAGGGAGCAAGGCUGGUGCUGCCUCCCGUGGUUUCCAGCCUUGCAUAAGCAAAGAUUGUAAUCUUAAAAAAUGUACCUUUUCUCAUCGGUGCAACAAAAUAAAAAACAUUUCUUCAUGCCA